ACGAAUAAAUCUCUUUCUGUAUUGGAUAAUUCAACGACGACAGCGAUUUUGGACGUUUUAAGAUUGGCCGAAUUCUCGUUUAAUUCUCGUCCUCAAAAUACAUUUGAUAUAAUAUUGGGCAUUCGACAAUUACCGCCAAUGAAUGCCAAUUCGCUUGUUUGGCAUUUGGCAGAUUUCGUAUGUGAAGAAUUAAAGCUUGGAUUUAUGGUACUGAUAACCGGUACAUCACCUAUAUCAUUUGGUCUCUAUAAUUCGAUUUCUAAAAUGCUAAAGGUACCACUAAUUGACUGGGAAGUCUCAGAUAAAGACGAUAAUGAAGAAACUUUCUCAUUAUCCAUUCGUCCACCUACCAAUGAAUUAUUAACUGAUUAUAUAAUUUUUAAACAGUGGCAUAAAAUCGUAUUUUUUCACGAUGGUAUCAGUGCGAAACGUUCAUUUUCCUCAAUAUAUGAGCAUUUUAAAGCGAAAGAUCCAGAUUAUCGGAUCUAUAUCGACGCUUAUCAAAUUCCUGAAGAGGAAGAAUAUUUUCGUGAAUUUUUAAACAUUUUUCAUCGCCAAGCUGCAAUCGAUACGCAAAAAGGAAAAGCAAAAAUAAACAAAUUCAGGCCAAUGAACAUAAUUGUUGAUAUCCACAAUAAUUAUCGUAUGCAUUCAUUUUUAAAAGCUUUGGAAGAAACUAUAAUUGUAAAGAAACAUUAUAAUUAUGUUUUUGCGAACUUUGAUAUGAAUGAAUCGGAAUUAGAGUUAUUACAAUAUUCGUUGAUAAAUAUAACUAUAUUUCGUCUCGAGGUCAUUAGACAGUACGGCAGAUCGAUUUUCACAAACCUGUUCAAACAUCAUCAGCUUUAUAACAAAGGUUAUCCUGGCUUAUACUGCCGACCUGAAGAUGAUAAAGAUCACCCCAAUCGACCUUUUGAGGCGUUUGAAUUCGGUGAAAUUCUUUUCUACGCUUUGAAAAAGGUUAUUAUUGUAUUAGAUGAGAAAGAUGGUACUUUAAGUGGAAGGAUUCAAUUUGAUGCCGAUAAACUCGUUCGAACGAAUUUUACAGCAACAGUGAUCGAAAUUAAACAGGGCCAAAGGACUUUCAAUACUUUUAGAGAAAAUCUCGAAUGGACGCAGGGAAUUGGAUUUCACGGCGCCUCGAAAUCUAUCCAAAGUCAUGAUAAAUCACGGAAUAAAUUUCUCGAAGGGCGCCGAAAAUCCGUUCUACGUAUAGUUACAGUAUUGGUGAAACCAUUUGUUAUGCUAAAACGUUCUAUAUCUGGUGAACCACCAAAGCAAGGUAACGAUCGUUUUGACGGCUAUUGCAUUGAUCUUUUAAAAUUACUGUCUAAAAACCUCAGUGAUUUUCAAUAUGAAAUCUUUAUAUCUGAUGGGAAUAAAUAUGGAGCCAGGCAAGAUGACGGUUCUUGGGAUGGCAUGAUUGGAUAUCUCUUGAAUGAGACGGCGGAUAUUGCAGUAGCACCAUUAACGAUAAAUCAGGAAAGAGAACGUGUCGUUGACUUUUCUAAACCAUUUAUGACAACUGGAAUAAGUAUUAUGAUCAAGAAACCGGAAAAGCAAGAAUUUUCUGUUUUCUCAUUUAUGCAGCCUUUGAGUAUGAGAAUUUGGAUUUUCAUUCUUUGUUCGUAUAUUGGGGUGUCUACAACGAUAUUCGUUGUUAGUUGGUUUAGUCCGUAUGAAAAUGGUUUUCUCGAUUCUACGAGGCAAAUGACCUUUUAUAAUACCCUUUGGUUCACCUUGGCUGCUUUUAUGCAGCAGGGUACCGAUAUUUUACCGAGAUCAUUUUCGGGAAGAGUUGCAAGCUCUGCAUGGUGGUUUUUUACGCUCAUUAUUGUAUCGUCUUACACAGCCAAUUUAGCAGCCUUUUUAACGCUUGAAAAAAUGACUCCUCCUAUAGAAUCAGUUGAUGACCUAGCAGCUCAAAAAAAGAUUCUCUAUGGUAUCGUGAAAGGUGGAUCAACUGAGGCAUUUUUCAAGGAUUCUGCAGUACCAAUUUACAAGAAAAUGUGGAAUUUUAUGCAUAAUACUUAUCUUCAGCAAUUGCUGCAACAGCAGAAUUCAAUAAAUAAUACGGAUACAAUUAUGGUUAAUACUUAUGCAGAAGGAAUCGACAAAGUACGGCGAAGUAAGGGUCGAUACGCAUUUUUAUUGGAAGAAACGGCUAAUGAAUAUGAAAAUACUCGGAAGCCUUGUGAUACCAUGAAGGUUGGCACAAAUUUGAAUACUCUUGGCUAUGGUGUUGCAACGAAAAUUGGGAAUCCUCUAAGACGAGGCCUUAACUUAGCCAUAUUAUAUCUUCAUGAGAAAGGUGAAUUAAAACGCUUGGAGAACAAAUGGUGGUACGAUAGAGGCCAAUGUGAUCAGGGAAUUACUGAAGGUGGAACUAGUUCGAGUUUAACACUGAGCAAAGUAGCUGGAAUAUUUUAUAUACUUUGCUGCGGAAUGGUGAUUUCGAUGGCCAGCGCGCUAGCUGAAUAUUUAUACCGGUUGAAAAAUGAACGUCUUUAUGAAAAAGCUUCAAAGGUUAACGAAUUAUUAAAACUUAAGCAAAACUUAAUUUAUUAA